AUGAUUCUAUUCAUAAUUGUCGGUUUCCUACCAUAUUUACUUGGUGAGAUUGUGAGAAUUCCUCUCCACCCUUUGAAAAGAUCUGAUUCAUUGGUGGGACUUGGUGCGACUUACUUUAAGCCUUCGACGAGAAAAUGGAAGUAUGAAUGGAAUAAGCAGAAUACAUCUACACCGGAACAAUUGAUUAAUUAUGAAAACCUUCAGUAUUAUGGUGAGAUAUCAGUGGGAACUCCACCUCAAAAGUUACGAGUAUUGUUUGAUACAGGAUCCACUGACACAUGGUUAGCUUCAAGGAAGUGUUGGUUUCUUGAUAUAUUUUGUUGGAUGUUUUCAUUUUACGACAACUCGAAAUCGUCGACAUAUGUAGCAGAUGGUUCCAGUUUUCAUGUCAAAUAUCUGGAUGGUGAGUUCUCUGGAUUUUGGAGUGUGGACACUAUACGAAUUCGGAAUCAAGCGUUUGCUGAAGUGAGGAGUAUAUUUAAUCUCGAUUACUUAUCUGAUAAAUAUGAUGGAAUAAUUGGCAUGUCGAGUAGACGGAUAUCGGAAGAUGGAAACCUUCCAAUGUUUCCGAAUAUACUAGCUAAUGGUGUGAAUAUGGACCCAAUAUUUUCAUUUUAUUUAAGUCGUUUCCACCACUUAUACCAGGUUAAGCAAUGAAAGUAUGUCAAACAUUUGUUUUGUAAAGAAACAUUGUUUCGUAAACCUAGAGAUGUUUGUAAUUGACGCAAUGCACAGCAUUAAUAUUUACUUAAAUCACUUAAUCCGUUUUUAUAGUAUAACGAAAACACGAAGUUGAUCUGAGAAAAUGUAAUGUAUUUCCACAAAAGCAUUUCAGACUUGUCAAGGCAUUUUAUUCGAAAAUUGACAAUGGUCAAUUAAAUGAAAGUUCAAAUAAACUAAGUGAUA